AUGCAUGUUGAUGAUUCUGAAGUAUCUAUUAGUGGCCCGCUUGAUAAAGUCAAUGAAAAGGUAGUCACUGGGAAGAUUAUAGAUGAAAAGGUAGCCCAUGAGAAAGAGGUUGCACCUGAGGUUAAGAAGGGAACAAAAAUUCAAGUACCACCUAUUGUACUCUCCUUCCCAAACCGUCAACUCAAGAAUAAGCUAGGCAAAAAACGUGCCUAUUGUGAGGUUGAGACUAUGGCUUUUACUAAAGAGUGUAGUGCUCUAUUACAAAAUAAGUCUCCACCUAAGCUUAAGGACCCCGAGGGUUUUUCUAUCCCAUGUAAUAUUGGCACUGUGUUUAUUAAAGCCUUAUGUGAUCUAGGUGUUAGUUUGUCUGUUAUGCCUUUGUCUGUCUGUACAAAAUUGAAAAUUAAUGAGUUUAAAGUUACCAAUAUUACUUUACAAAUGGAUGACCGUUCUGUAAAAUACCCCCUGGGUGUUUUAGAAGAUGUCCCUGUUAGAGUAGUUACAUUUUAUAUAUUUAUGGACUUUGUUGUGCUAGAUAUGCAAUAG